AAAAUGAUCAAAAGAAAACCUUUAUUGAUACUCUUAUUAAAUCUCAUAUUUUACGUCAAUGUUAAUACUGCGACGACACAAAAUUAUAUUCCCAUAAAAGAUGAUUUUGAUCGCUCGGGAAUACCUAAAAAUAUUUUACUUGGUUCUUAUGUUGGCGGAAGAAGUCAUGUAAAACCAAUGUUAGAUGUUGUUGCUAUAUUAAUUGAGAGAGGUUACAACGUAACAUUACUAGCAUCAGGAAGAUAUGAACCAUCAUCAGAGUACCCAGGUCUAAAUCAAAUUACAUUAGGACCUCGAUUGGGUGUCAAAGAAUUAAGACGUACAAUUACUUAUGAAGAACAUUAUAAAAGGUUUUCAAGAUUUAUAGAAAUAAGCAGAAACGGCUACAAAGAAACUUAUGAAAAAUAUAAGAAAGCCGCAAUAGAAUAUAAUAUUGAUUUGUUCUUUUGUGACGUUCUGGGAAAUGAUGCUUGCAUAGAUAUUGCCAAUAAUUUAAAGAAACCUGUUGUUGUUUGGUCUUCGGGUCUUCAACUUACAGAUCCUGUACCAUAUAAAAAUGAUCCGUUAUACGGCUGUAACAUCUCAUUAGAAAAUGAAUCAUUUUUUGAGAGAUUUAGAUGUGCUUUAAUACAACCUUUACAAAUAGCUUAUACGAUGGGUCGGAUUGGACCCCCUGCGCAUCAAUUGAAUAACAUAAGAGAACUAAUGAAUAUAAAUACAUCAUCAGGACAAAUGCCAAAAGUUUCAUUAUCUUUGGUUGAUACUUUCUUCGGUUUUGAGUUACCGCAACCUUUACCACCAAAUGUCCAGGAAGUUGGACCAGUAUUAUCAAAAGAAUAUCCUCCACUUACACCCGAACUCUCUAAUUUCAUAAAUACGCACAAACGAGUUUUAUACGUAGCUUUUGGUACACGUUUUAUUACAAAUACUGAGAAUAACAACAAAAUUUUACAAUCAUUUGUUGAAGCAAUCAACAGAAAAAUAGUUGAUGGUGUAGUUUGGCCAUUAAUUGAAACAUCAAAAGAUAAUUUUUAUCCAACAUUAAAAUUAACUGAUGGUACACAAAUGCAAACUUUACCAAUCUUAAAUAAUAAACAUCCACAUAUUCAUAUUACAAAGUUUGUACCGCAAUUCGCUGUACUUAAUCACACCAAUACAAAAUUAUUUUUUAGUCAUGGGGGCGCAGGAAGUACUCAUGAAUCUCUUUAUACUGGUACUCCUAUGUUAGUAUUACCCCUUGGUGGCGAUCAGAUGGGCAAUUCUCAAAAAUUAAAAUCAGCUGGUGUAGCAUUAACGUUAAAUGAAUUAGCUUUAGAUGUUAGUGAUAUUUUAAACAAAAUGAGUAUCUUAUUAGAAGAUGAAAAGAUAAAAAAAAAUAUAAAGAAAAUGGAAGUUUUAACUAAAAUCAACAGUAGAAGAAAAUAUAGAGCUGCUGAUUUAAUAGAAUAUAUUUUACAUAGUAGUGGCUUAGAAGAAUAUGUUAAUGAUGACUUUUUAAAAGAAUGGGCACCUGCUCCGUCUAGAAUGGGAUUUAUCAAAGCAAAUAAUCUUGACGUUUAUGGAGCUUUAUUAGGUAUUUUUCUUACACUUAUCGGAGGAAUUGCAUUCAAAUUAUUCAAAUUGAUUUCAAAUUCCUCGUCCAUUAAAAUAAAAUCAAAAAAAGCAUAGACAUUUUAUUUUUUUUUAAUAGAAAUACUGUAUGUUAUUCUAGAAUUAGGUAAAUUGAUUUUACUAUGU